AUGUUUUCACGAGGACUCAGAGUCGCCUCGAGGCGAGCACUCGCCACGCCCAUCCGACCGGCCAUCGCCAGCGUCAUCGACCACUACUCCCGGCCACGGAACGUCGGUUCUUUGAGCAAGAACGAUGUCGACGUCGGCACCGGCCUCGUCGGAGCACCAGCUUGCGGCGAUGUCAUGAAGAUCCAGAUCCGCGUCGACCCAAAUUCAAACACAAUUUCCGACGUCAAGUUCAAGACCUUCGGCUGCGGAAGUGCCAUCGCAUCGUCUUCUUAUCUCACCGAGCUCGUCCGCGGCAUGUCGCUCGACAAGGCAUCGCAGAUCAAGAACACAGACAUUGCUAAGGAGCUCUGUCUGCCGCCUGUCAAGCUGCACUGCAGCAUGCUUGCCGAGGACGGCAUCAAGGCCGCCAUCUCCGACUACUACACCAAGAACCCCAACGUCAAGCAGACCAACCUCGGCGGCACUGGCCUGAAGAUUCCUGAGGUCGACGGCGCAUCUGCUCCGGCAGCCGCCACCGCUUAA